GAUGCACAGACACACACAUUCAGACACAGAACGCUAAAGCUGCCACAAACAGCAGGAUAGACUUUCUACUGUGUACUGAAGAGGGACUGUCUUCCACGAGUCUCACAGACAAUACAGUCACAGCAUCUAACCAGGAAACCUGCAAGUUUGCUUGCUGAACACAUUUCAGGACAUAUUUUUCUUUCCAAUACUAAAUGAAAAUUAUCAGGAAUUUUUAACUGUAAAAGCCGAGUGAUUGUCUAGAAAAACCAACCACUCCACUGAAGAUUCUCUAAGGAUUGUCACAGACCAAAAGAUCUUAGAAUUGAAGACACAAAAGACAUUCGCUUCAAGCAAAAUCAAAGCAUAAUUGGCAGAAAAGCAAGAAAAGAGACACAGGGAGAUCGGAAAUUGAGAGAAGGACCUCUAGAGCUGGGCUGAUGGCAUCAACAGGCCUCCAGCUUCUGGGCCUUUGCCUGUCUCUUCUGGGCUGGCUGGGUGGGACCCUGGGCUGUGUGGUCCCACUGUGGCGAGUCACUGCCUUCAUUGGAAACAAUAUUGUGACAGCACAGACUAUUUGGGAGGGGCUGUGGAUGAACUGCAUUGUCCAGAGCACUGGACAAAUCCAAUGCAAGGUGUAUGACUCAAUGUUGGCCCUACCGCAUGACCUGCAGGCAGCCCGCGCACUCUCUGUAGUGUCUGUGCUGCUGUGUGCCAUUGCACUAGCACUAGGUGUGGUUGGGGUGAAGUGCACAAAGUGUGUAGGGCAGCAGGCCCUGAAAGCACGGAUCAGCCUGUUUGCAGGGAGCCUCUUUGCUUUUGCUGGGCUCCUCUACUUCAUUCCUGUCUGCUGGACUGCACAUUCCAUCAUCAGGGAUUUCUACAACCCUCUGGUUCCUGCCCCACGGAAGAGGGAGCUUGGUCCUGCGCUGUAUCUGGGGUGGGGGGCCGCUGGGCUCCUGGUGCUGGGGGGAGCCCUGCUCGGCGCUGGGUCCAGUACCCCUGCAGCCCCUUCCUCGCCUAGUUACAGCGGAAGCAGCCGGCAAAGCAGUCCCCGGAAUGCCCCCACACUGCCUGCCGGUCAGGUGAAGGGCUAUGUAUGACUGCUCCUUCGACUGACGACCAGAUGAAUAAAAGAAACACAUUCAGGUGUAUUGAGCUGUAGUACUGCCCCUAAUGCCUAACUUAUUAAAUAAUUUUAUAUACAGUAAAAUUCUUUAUUUGUGCAUAAACUGUACCUUUAAAAGUACAGAUGUGUUUAUGGAAAUACAACUCAUUUAAUUAUUUUAAAGUAAAGUAGUAUAGUGUUUUAACCUUCUAAAAUGUAAAAACUAAAAAACAGAAUAUGUUUUCAUGGCAUUUUAUUGUUGAGUGUUACUGUAUCUCCAUACUGUACAUAA